AAUAGCAACCUGGAAGAAGGAAAUAAUGACCGCUGUCCACAAGUAGGCUGCAGUCACUUUUGGGUCGAGAAGAAGGUAACCAUGGCAAUGACAGGUCAGACAUCUUGCUCCUCAAUGAGCAAUCAUACAAAAGAACGGGUCACGCUGGCCAAAGUGACCCUUGAGAACUUCUACAGCAAUCUGAUCUCCCAACACGAGGAGAGGGAGAUGAGGCAGCAGAAGUUGGAGAAGGUGAUGGAUCAAGAGGGACUAGCUGAUGAAGAGAAGCGUAUACGGCGAUCUCAGCAUGCAAGGAAAGAGACAGAAUUUCUCCGGCUGAAACGAACACGCCUCGGACUAGAUGAUUUUGAGUCACUCAAGGUGAUCGGUCGUGGUGCUUUCGGAGAGGUGCGCUUGGUUCAGAAGAAAGACACAGGCCAUGUGUAUGCCAUGAAGAUUUUGCGCAAGGCUGAUAUGCUUGAGAAAGAACAGAUUGGCCAUAUUCGGGCAGAAAGGGACAUUCUGGUGGAGGCAGACAGCCUGUGGGUUGUGAAGAUGUUCUACAGCUUUCAGGACAAGAUGAACCUCUACCUCAUAAUGGAGUUCUUACCUGGAGGAGAUAUGAUGACUCUGUUGAUGAAGAAAGACACUCUGACUGAGGAGGCUACUCAGUUUUACAUCGCUGAGACUGUGCUAGCCAUUGACUCCAUUCACCAGCUGGGUUUUAUCCACAGAGACAUCAAACCUGACAACCUGCUGCUGGACUCAAAAGGCCAUGUGAAGCUGUCUGAUUUUGGCUUAUGUACAGGACUUAAGAAGGCUCACAGGACAGAAUUCUACAGAAACCUCAACCACAGCCUGCCCAGUGAUUUCACGUUCCAAAACAUGAACUCAAAGAGAAAAGCGGAAACAUGGAAAAGAAACAGGAGACAGCUGGCCUUCUCCACUGUUGGAACCCCUGACUACAUUGCUCCAGAAGUAUUCAUGCAAAAUGGAUACAACAAACUGUGUGACUGGUGGAGCCUUGGGGUCAUCAUGUAUGAGAUGCUCAUAGGUUACCCUCCUUUCUGUUCUGAGACACCCCAGGAGACAUAUAGGAAAGUGAUGAAUUGGCGGGAAACCCUGACAUUCCCCCCAGAAGUUCCAAUCUCUGAGAAGGCGAAGGACCUUAUCCUCAGGUUCUGCUGUGAGAGUGAAAACAGGAUCGGUGCUUCUGGAGUUGAAGAGAUCAAGUCCAAUCCUUUUUUUGAGGGAGUUGACUAUGACCACAUCAGGGAGAGACCUGCUGCCAUUCCAAUUGAGAUUAAAAGUAUAGACGACACCUCUAACUUCGAUGAGUUCCCUGAUUCAGACAUCCUCCAACCAACGUCUACUGUUGUGUCCAACCACAGUGAGGUCGAUUUGAAGAACAAGGACUGGGUCUUCAUUAACUACACAUACAAACGCUUUGAGGGUCUGACUGCCCGGGGAGCCAUUCCUUCCUGUAUGAAAUCAGGGAAGAGAUAAACACAUUACCUGCUGGAUUCUCAUGGAGCUAGUGGUUUUCUUCAAGGAGUCUUUUCUCCCCAUUCCUUGUCAUUGCUGUGGAUUGGUCCAUCUACAGAGUCAUCCAUUUCCUACGUUGACCCACACUGUGAAGUCAUUCGUGGUGGUUGACUCCUCUUUUUCCAGCACUUGGUUCUUUUUUUAUUUCUUUCCUUUUUUGCUUCUUCAGUAGAAGCUGCUACUAAAACUAAGAUUGUAAAAUUUGGAAAAGCAUUUGAAUCUUUUUAUUUUUUAACCCCACAAUGGAGGUACAUUUUCUUUUGACUGGAUUCAUCUAGAGGGUGAUGAGGGCACUCUCAACCUUUUCAUUGUUUUUAGUAAUUCACUGUUUUUAAACAGACUAGUUUGAGAUUGAAUCCUGCUUGGCUUCAGCCUUGAUCAUGUCCUCAUCUGCUGUAUAAAUCUUGCACCUUUGUUUUGAGUAAACAAAAAAGAGGAAUUUCUCUUGGUGAGCUUUUUAAAGUCUGUGCAGUUGGAUACGUUUGGGUUUUUAUCUUCUCUUUUUGAUAGAACAUGCCUAGACACUUGCCACUGUAGACACUGGCAAAGGCAAAAAUCAAGUGGCUCAUCUUUUCAUUUAUCCAAAUAAUUGUCACUGUUUGCAAGCCUGGAAUAAUGUGUGGAGCAGACAUUGCCUUACACUUGGAUACUACAUGAAUGUUCCAGUAAUCACCUUUUACACCAGCAAAAUGUCAGAGUAAUCUCUCUUCUAGACCUACAGAGGAAACCAAAACCUUCUUUCUACAUUUCCACAGUAUACCAGCCAGUGAUGGUGACCAAGUGAAACUAGUAACCAGCUUAUUUAUCACAGUAUAUAAAUUGCUGCUUUACCCAGUAAUUUGCCUGGUACACAGACUCAAUCAUUACUUAAUAAUCCCUGUUCCUUAUAAGGGCUUGCUAUUCAUGUUUACCCUGUACAACUGGGAACAAACCAAUGUAGCUCUCGCAUUAAAGGAAUGAACAUCAUCA